AUGUCGGACGGCGACAGCAACCAAAGUUCGCAAUCGAAUUCGUCUGGAAGUUCGUCGAACCAGCCCUACUUCAACCUGGACUCGAAGGAGUCCUUAGACUUAAGUCUUACGUUAAAUAGAAGCGGAACAGUGAGAAGAGUGAGCAAUACCUCCAAAAGAGAUGACGAGAAUAAAGAUAAUGAGGAAGAAAUGGAAAAUGUGAAUACGAAGCUGGAAAGGAUGAGCCCGGAUGCUGUUGUGCCGGAGAAGGUGCGGAGGUCCAUGGAUAGCUCGUACCGGCAAAGUUUGGAGUCCAUACACGAGUAUAGGGCGAAAACUUCAUUUUCUUCAGCCAGUACAGGUCCUACUAGAGGUAGUAUAGACUCUACUUCAUCUGAAGUUACUGAUAUUGCGCAAGACAAAGAUCCAGAUAAAACCAGUCAAACUGCUUCUUACAUGAGCUGGAUAGAAAGUGAAUAUUUCGGAUCAUCUUCAAUACAUAGUGAAGAUUACCACGAAUACGACAGUAAAGUAGGCGAAUGGAAUAAUUUUUGGCUUAAUUACACUAGUGCGCGGUCAAACUUUAAUAAUAAUCCAUACUUCAACUUAUCCACGGAAACAAAAAAAGUCUGUGAUUUAUCUGAAGCAAAAAGUACAUGUAACACUCAAAGGGAAUUUAUGGAUAAAAACCCUUCUAAUUCUGUAAUGUUAACUGUUGAUGAACUUAAUGAAAGUGUUAAAUGUUCACAGAGGAUAACGGAAAUUUUACAGAAUGCUUUAAGAAGAAAUGAUCAAGAUUUAGAGGAUUCCAUUAACUCUUAUUAUUCCCAAUCUUUUACCAGACACAAUUCCUCAAUCAGGGACGAUGACGUAACUAAUGUAAUAUCUCGUGAACGUUCUUUUUCGUACGCCAUGGACAUUCAGGAGGUCCAAAAACAACAACAAAAGAUGCUGUUAAAAAACGCUCCUCAAUCUUCCAGCACCAGUUGCAUAAACGCCUUGCUUAAUACCGGAGUGGGUGACAUUUUGAAGAGGGUGAUGCCAAAAAAACGAGACUCGAUGACUCCGUCCGAAGAAAAAUCCAUAUCCAGAAUUUUUCCAGACUGGGCCAGUGCCAAAUAA